CAAAUGCAGAGAUCACGUAGACGGGAGCAUCAGCGCGGCGGUGGGCCAUGGUGCCGCACCCGAUUGUGCUAGCUUAGAAUAUUGUAACGCGGUCGUGCGCCGACGCACCAAUCCAAUGGAGCGCGAAGUCUCCAUCGCGGUGGAGGUCCUCGGGCUAACGGACUCCCCCGAUGUUCCGGAAUCGUGCGGCCUGACAUUUUCAGGGCUAGGCUCCGGCGACGCAAAGAGGACCGAAGACGGACGGUGGGCAUUCGCAAGCGAAGGUACAACUUACUUACUAUGUAUACUACACACGUGUCGCUUUUUCCGCGUCUACUUCUCGGGCGCUGCCGCCUCUCAAUUUAUUGCGACAAGUCGCAGAGAAGAGGACCGACAAGCAUUCCAUUCAUAAACUACGUGCUCCCGCCUUGCAGCCUUCUUGCCUAGUAUCAUUGCCACCUUUUAGGGGUUUUUCAAAAACGAAAUCGAAAAGCACAGACCCGGAGGCGGAGCCGCAGUACGUGUCGCACACGACGUGCGCGGAACAUGUUUUUUUGGAUGGCGUUUGCGGCGUGGGGCUUCGCGCAGCGCUCGUGGACGAAAACGGAGACGAGCUUGGCGCGUGCCAGUUUGACGGUUUGGACGCGUUGCUGCUGCAGAGCGCGCCGACCAUGGACCUGUCUGGCGUCGUGACGCUGAAAUCUUCGGCCACCGCCGAACCGGCCGCCGACGACCCUCCAACUACGAGCCCGGCCGCCUCGCCCCCCCGCACGCCGGGCCCGGACGGCACCAACGAAAGAACCAACGUGGUGGCCGCGGUCGCGCAGCCCCCGGGCAUGGAGCUGCAAGUGCGCGUCACAGUUUAUCACGCGUCCGAGGUGGAGCCGCUGGUGCUGUACAAGCCGCCCGCGGAAGACCACGAGGACUGGUGCAAAGUGGCCGUGACGGUCGACGGGGUCUACUCGCUGCCGGCAACGCUCGUCCCCAAGGGGGAAGCCGAACCGGAGGGCCGGGUCCUGGAGGACCACGGCUUCAGCUACCAACUGCGCAUUCUGGACGUUCCCUUCGACAAUGGGCGCGUGUGGAAGCCGCCACGCGAAUCCACCUCGGCCGACCCGCCGGCCAGCGGAGAGGACCGUCCCUCGAGCGCAAGCAGCGGUGCCGCCGGCGCAGUCGAAAAACCACCGGUAGAAGGAAACUUUCUCAAUAUACAGCGAGUGGCACCAAAGGGAAGGAGUAGAAGAUGAUAUAGUCAAGAACGGGCCCUUUGUUUUGCUUUUUACUUUCACGUAGGUACGAUGAAGAAAAUUUCUUGAGCUCAUCUGACACUACUUCUUACCACCGGAUUUUUGAAAAAAUAAACUGUGAUGACGAUCAGACGCGCGUGUUUCGGGAGGAUUUUGGAUCGGCGCUUGAGCGCGCAGGCUUUCGUGGAGACGUGGAAGCUUUGUGGGCCUGCUUCGCCCAGGAUUGCGUGACCGCAGAUGAUUACACGGCUCUCGUGGACAAAACCGAAGCACCAGUCGACCUCGGAGCUUUCCGCAGCUUCUUGGUCGAAAACUGCGAGUCGUGCGUGGGGGGAUUUGCAGCCUUCGCGGCGACAGAGGGCGAGGUAUAAAUCAUCACUUACUUCUUCCCGUGCAGCUCCAGAGUUACAUUUGAAAAAAAACUUUAUUUUUUGCAGAGAACCUAGUGUGUGUGUACAUUUAUGUUUGUCCACAAUGCUUCUUGUCAAACUACCACCGCAGGCUGCUACCUCGGUUUCCGCCGACACGUUCGUUGCAAAAGCAACCGAGCUGGGCUACGACGGCGAUUUGGCUAAGGGUGUCUUCGGCCGAUUAGCCGGCCCGAGCGCCGAGCCGCUGGGGAAAGCCCAGUUUCUGGCGUUGGACCUGCUGCCCCAGGCGCUCGGCAAGCGGCUCCAGGAAAGCCGGACCCUGGGAAAAUGGAUUGCCAACAACUGGGGCAACUUCCACGCUUUUUUUCAGGAGGUGUUGACCGCAGUGGACAGCCCGUCGGAAAUUUCGGCCACUGCGUUCUGCGAGACCGUCGCUACACUUGGAUUUUCGGAUUCGGAGUUAGCGGGACGGGUGUUUACCUUCCUGGACCUGAGGAAAACAGGUGAGGCCCGGCGGAUCUUCAUUUCUAGGCAGGUUAAAAAAGAAAUCGACCCGGUACACGUAGUAUGCAGCCGAUGAAAACUAUACAAAAAUCACAAUCUGUGCAGGUCUGUGGCGCCAGGCCGAUGCGGACUUGCUCGAACGACUGCUCACGGAAACGUUUUCGCCCGCAAUGUUAAGCAGUGAGUGCAGUGCUUGGACGGAAUUCACGGAUGCGGAAGAAUUGUCGCUUCGGGAUUUUGAGGCUGCUUGGGAUGCGGCAAAGCUUUCUCAGGUACGAAAGCAAUCGUACGUGAGGUGCACAUGACGUUCUCUUGAUUUUUUUACGAUUAGAAACAGGGAGAUGUUGAAUUGUGCAUGUGUGAUUGGGUCUAGCGCAUGCAAACGGACUCUAUCUCGACACGCCACCAAGAAUAUUAAAACAUGAAGCGCAAAAUUUCUUCUAUUUCAGGACGCGACAAUAGCCUUCUUGUUGCUGCAUUCGGACGGCUGCGUGACGGCAGAGGAAUUCAAUGCCGUCCAUGCGGUUCCGGCGGAGGAUGCUUCGCCCGUACUGAGACUCGUGUCUUUUCUGGAGGAGAAGAAACUGAGCUUCGAGCAGCUGUUCAGCGCGACGCCGAGCGCGGGGAUUUCUAUUCCGAACGAAGUGAACGAAGCAGAACUGCCGUCCAUAACGUGGUCCAGUACCGGGGCGGCGGGGUCGAAAACCGUCACGUGCUACAAGAGCCGCGCGUGGGUGCAGCAGUUCUGCAAUGCGACCAGUUCGUCGUCCACCUCCUCCCGGUAUCUACACUUUUUUCCCAAGGUGGCAAAUGACCCGCUGCCGCUUGCCGCCGAUUUCGAGAGCAGCACGGACGCCGGUGCGGCGAAAAGCGCGCGGUGGCACCACGCAGAAGGCGGGUUCCAGAUAUCGAAGGACCUGCUCACUUCCAGCAGUUCGUUCACCGUGCCGCUCACCCGCCUGGCCGCCAAUUGCCCCCCGGACGCCGCCGCGCCGGAGGACAGCGCCGCGGACCCCUUCUUUCUGAACGGCACGUACGUGAAGUUCUCCGUGCAGUUCUAUGCAAGAAAAAAACUGUGUAAAAAGUGUAAGUUUGUGUUGCGGAUGAUGCAAGACUGUCACGCUUGUCAUGCUGGGUGUGCGUUACAAGCUCAGAACUUCCGUGUUUUGACGUACUAACCGCGCAUGACAGGUUUUUUCUGUCAUGCAAGCGAAUUUGUGAUGCUAAUCAUCCUACAAAGUCACACUUACACACUUUUUUUCCUGGAUAAGUUCCUCGACGCCCCCAACAAGGUCUGCCCGCGUACGGAGCCGGCCCUCCGCGAGGCGCAGGUCCAGCCCCUGUUCGCGAACGACCCGCGGCCGAAGAAGCCCGAGAAGACGCCGGAACAGGACUUCGAGGAGGCGGUCAUCAACGCCUUGGCGGUGCUGGGACGCGACUACGCAAAGUACGCAACGGAGCUCGGUUGUCUGGACCGGAAUCAGCUGCUCGGCCCGCUCGGGUGGCGCGACCUGCUGGAUCGCAUCGAAAGUGGCGGAGAGGAGGGAUCGCCUUUGCUAAAGGUAAGUGCUGCACCACCGGCGAAGAUGAGUAAUUUUCUAUCAUGAAUAUUAAGCGAUGCUGGACGUCGAGAACUGGUGCUCGCUCUCUUACUAGGCACUGGUCAGUUCUUCUUGAAAGCAACUUUGACCGGGCGCCGCUUCGCGAUGGAAAAGUUGAACAUCCUGGACUGUUUUGCUUCCUCAACUUCUUUGCUUAUUUCCUUGUACAGCCCGUGGUUCUCGCCCGCCCUUCCGAAGAGUUUCGCGCCAUACAUAGAUUGGUUUUCACUUCCUUAUUUAAGAGCGUCGGUUCUGAAUUGCGGCGCCGACAAUUGCAGUUGCUGACCCUGUAUUAUUAAUAAUUCCAUCCUUUCCAUUUUCCACAGGCCCUGCGACCAGCGUUGCAGCGCUUAGUCCGGAGUCGGGUGGUGGCGUACGGGCGGGAUCGGCUACCCUGCGCCGGUUUGUACGGCGACGAGCGCGACGCCAAAUACACCGACAUGAGUCGCGAGCUUUGUGCGUUGAUCUUUUGCACCAUCAACAGCGAGCAUGCGAAGUACGGGUGGCGGCGCGACACGAGCUUGUGGAAGAACCCCGACUCCGCCUACGAACCCGAGGAGUUUUGGCGGCCCGCCGAGCUGCGGAAGCAGGAAGCGACGCGCGACGCGCAGUACCGCCAGCUCGCCUUCGAAUCGGAGAUGAUCGGGGACCGGCCCCGCGCGGGGCGCGUGUGGGCCAGGCGGCUCCAGCUGACCAGGAACCACAUCGACGCCGCCGUGUGGGUCGACUAUGCCCGGUUCUGCAUGCGGUGCCUGCGAAACCGGGAGGAAGCGGUCCGGGCGCUCACGCACUCCAUCAGCAUCGUGCGCACCCUGGACCGCGUUCCGGUUGACAGUACUUUUUUUUUACGAUUGAGUUCAUUUUUUGAGCACCUAGUUCUUUAUCGGACUUGUUCAUCGGAGAAGAAAAGAGUAAGUAUUCGUUCUGGAAAUUUAUAGCGUAGUUUCCCUGCAGGCUGUGGCUGUGCAUACUCAGUGGCGAAAGGAACAAUAACAAAGCGAAAAUUCUUGUGCAGGUCUUUUGUUCAUGAGCUGCUUGCAACUCACCGCCCGAAGCUACGACUCCGCGGAGCUUUUCGCGGCCGAGUGCGCGCGCCGCAUCCCGUCCUCCUUUGCCGGGAAUUUUCUCCUCUUCCUGGUGCAGGCGUACGCGGGGAACUCAAGGAGCGCGUCCAAAUACUGGUCGUUGGCGCAAAAGCAGAAGACCUUUUUUGGACAAGCGCUCCCGGAGCGGGAAGACAGCUUUUCGUCGCUGAGCAAACGCGAGCUGGCGCAACGGGGCCUGGCAACGUUUCUGGAGGACGUCGCUAGAACGCCGGCUGCCGAGCCGAAAAGCGGCAGCGACGCAGAAACCACCAGCGUGGAAGGCUUCGCGAAGAAGUUUCCCGCCUUCCCGCACGCCGCCACCGUGCGGGCGCUGCCGGACGGCGCGGACAGGAGGGUGCUGGACGUGAUUGAUCAGCUACUCAGCCUGGGGAUGGCGGACCUCGUGUUGUUUCUGUUGGAUCACAUGGACGGAAAUCCGGAGGAGGACGAAGGGCUCGUGCGCUUCAUCGUCACCGAAAAGACCCGACAGAGCGAGCGGUGCCGGCUGCAGAUCGUCAAGGCUUACAUGCUCCAGCAAAGCUUCGGCAAGGCGCGGAAAGCAUUGAAAAACCUAAUCGAGAGCGUGACGGACCGGAAUUCCGAAGCCUGGAUCUUGCUCGGUAUAAGAAAAAAUUGCAUAGUUUCACAGAAUUAUCACACGUUUCUUCUUCAUAGUCGCAUGGUGUUCAGCUGCUGUUUUUACGCGGAACAAGCUCGACAACAGAAACAGUAGUUCAAGUUCCGACCGAUGAGGGUGCCGAAAAACAAAAUCCAGGUGAGUGUGAGUUUCGGUUGAACUCGUUGGCCCCGAGCAGAGAGGCAUUCGAGAAGGCGCUCACUUUCUUGCAGACAGGCGCAAACGAAGACCCGGUGCUGCUGCUGCGGCUGGGACGCAUCUACUUGGAAGCGGGACUCUACGCAGAGGGUAGUGCCAUGUAUCAACGGAGCUUAGCCGUUUUCCCGAGUUCACAAGCCUGGCUGAUGGCUGGAGUAAAUUGAUUUCAAUUUCCUUUUGUUCACUUCUGUUCUUGCAGUGAAUUGAUGAUACGCACGAGUGACACCAUGUUCCACGACGACCAUGAUCAAAAUUUCUGAGAAACUGUUUUCAACAAUGUUGUGCAGGUUUGCUGGUUGAAGCUCGCCGAAACGGACGCGUCCGCCUCGGAGAAGGGUUUGCUGUGUCUGCGCGAAAGUAACUUGCGGGACGGCACGCGCCCGGAGAUUUGGGCCUGGCUCGGCAUGGCUGCGAUGCGAACGGGGAAAGUCGGUCUCGCCAAGCAGGCGAUCAACUUCGCUGCGUUGCCGGACUCCAUCACGGGCGAGCUGGUCACCAUCAAAACGGCGGCGGAGCUCGUGGAGCUCACGCUAGCGUAUGGAACCGAGUACACCGAGGAAGCCGGGUUUCUGGCGCGGAAGAUCCUGGAGCGCGGGUUGGCCCAGGAGGAGGACGAGGAGGGGAACAACAAGUCGAAGGAGCAGGCAGCGGAUGUUGCGCUGCAGCUCCAGCCCGACGAGGAGGGGCAGUUUCAUUUUCUUCUCGGACAGGUGUACCAGCGGGCCAAGAACUGGCUGGGUGCCUUCUUCGAGUACCGAAUGGCCGUGCCCUUCUACCAGGCGGACUCCGCGAUGCUGGACGCCCUGGAGGCGCGCGGACGCCGCGUGGCGGGGGAAAUCAAGGACAUAUGACAGUGCACAACUCCCCCUCCCCCUCCCCCUCAUUUGUCAUGCAAAAGCCCAAAUCCAAGUUCUUCCCUGUGGCACUGUUUGCAUGACAGAUGCCAGAAGCCCAGACAGUACUACACUAGGCGCAUGAAUUUGUCAUGCACAGGGUCCACGUGUGCUGGUGUUGGUAUUGCUGAUGUUCAUGCAAUACAAAUGAGGGGGAGGGGGAGUUGUGCACUCUCAUAGGACACCCACAAGAUCGUGAACGUGCUCCUGCAAGACUUGCAAAUCGUCCGCGAGCGCGGACAGCACGCCUACCACCAAGCGCCGGACGGCUCGACGCCCCUCAUCGAGGUCGGGUGAGGGGAGUGGUGGCGGUGCAAGCCUCAGCUCGAAGCCACUUUGAUACAACUUGUUUGAUACCCUGAGUCAAUAGAUACUGAAACUCUGAUACUCUGGAUCAUAGAUCAAUGGUGAUGUAGAAGAAAUUAAAGCAGAUUUCUUGUGAUAACACAACGAUUUCAAACGGAAACGCAGUAUACGAGAGUUGCUGCCUGGAUACAUAUGUUCAUAUUGAGCAAAGAAAGAAAAACCGCACCGCGAAGCCGCGUGCACGCAACCCGUGAAAGAUGAACAGUAUCCCCUUUCCAACACUCGAAACCACGAGUGUUUUGCUUGUACUGAUUAUCCCUGUACAUCACGAGCCGCGGCAUCGUGCCGGCGUUUGCGGUUGGUAAAAAGCACCAGCAGUGGAGAAAACGAAGUGCGAGACAGCUGGCGGCAGCGCCAAGGGACGUCCG